AUGUUUUUAACUUUAAUUUCUUCUGUUUCAUGCGAUAUUUCCGAGAAUGCAUAUCCAGUUUUUAAAGGAAACUGGUCUGUUAAAUCAGAAUAUCUAUUUAAUAACACAAAACAAGAAAAUUCCUAUUAUAUUCAUUGCGAUCAAUUUAGGGAUAACGAAAACUAUCUCACGUUCUCAGUCAAAGAUAUAAAUGAAUCAACAGAAGUAAUUGAUAAAUUUAAUAUUCGUUUUACUUCAAAUGGUAGAUUUAGAUUUUCGGUUGCUGAAGAUAACUCUCAAGAUUAUAUCAAAGUUGAUUUAUUUUAUAAUAUAAGACCGCAUGCCAGUGCUACAGGAGUUUAUAAUGAAGAUUAUAUUUACAAUCUUGAUGUUAUUACUUUUAAGAAGAUUCAAUUAACUGUUUUCAAUCAAAGAACAGGAGAAUUAUAUGUCUGGAAUCUUUUCAAGAUCCUAGAACCACAAGUUAAUUUGUUUGAAAAAUAUAGAUUUUUCUUUUAUGCAGGAAUUCUGUUUAUUAUUACUAAUCUUGCAUCUCAGACUGCAAUUAAGAGAUACGAGAAGAAAAUGCGAGCUCAGCAACAAGCCCGUCCAAAACCAAAACAAAAUACUCCAAACAAUAAAGAUAAUAAAGCCAAAACACCUUCUAAACCAAAAACUGAAUAA